UGGCUGCUUAUCAGGCACGGUGCAAACCGGUUAGAGCCAGCUCUCAGGAUGCAGGUGGCUGCAGUUUUAAGUUCCUCCCUCUGCCUCAUCGCUGCCCUGGCCUUGACCUUACAAAUAUUAGCAUUUUGCUGCAUCUGUCCACCAUUCCAACUCCACAGCAGAGUUCACACAACCAGAGACUGAGAAUAUCUACCGCCACACCCUGCAGAAGUCCCACCCAAAGUGCAGCCACCCAGUGGCCAUGGUGAACAGUAGCACACCAGGGGAAGGUCCUGGAUGGUGUGGGAGGCGGCUGCUGAUGGACAGAAUGGCUCCCCACUGCAAGAGGGACCUACAGGAGACCUGCUCUGCCUGCGGGGCACUGGGGUGUGGAGGCAUCUCAAUGCUCUUUCUCUGCCUGCAGGAGAUAGUCAGAAAUGGAUUAUUCUCUGUUUAUUCGUGCACCACGGGCACAAAGGUGGCCAUCAAGGACAUCUGCAAGUCCGAGCUGCCCGACCUCCGACUCCUAACCCACGAGAUGGGGCGCAUGAAGGCACUUCACCACCCGAACAUCUUCAAGCUAUUCCAGGUGGUGGACACCGGGGAGGAGCUGCAGCUCGUGAUGGAGUCCGUGGAUGGGGGCGACCUGCAGGACUACCUGAGCAAGCGUGGGUGCCUGUUAAAGAGCGAGGCCCACCAGAUAUUUCAACAGAUCCUCUCAGCCCUCAGCUACUGCCACGCCAAAGGCAUCGCACACCGGGAUGUGAAGUCCGAGAGCAUUCUGCUGAACCAAGAGAGAAAAGUAAAGUGGCGGACUUCGGGCUCAGCGUCCAGGGCUUCAACAAGUAGCUGAGCGUGUACUGCUGUACGCGGCCCAGAAUACAGGGCUCCCGAGGUCUACCUUCGCCAGCACUAUAACGGACCCACGGUGGACAUGUGGAGCCUGGGGGUCAUCCUCUACUGAAUGGUCACUGGCACACCGCUCUUCAGGGGGGACCAGCCCUGGGGAGAUCAGGGACCGCGUCCUAGGCGGGUACUUCCACCCACCCUCCUACCUCUCGGGCCAGUGCCGGGACCUGCUGACCAAAAUGCUGGCACUGAACUCCCAGAGACGCAGCACCCUGGAGAGCAUCAAGCAGCACCCCUGGGUGGAAAUGAGGAAGGGACUCCUGCCCUUCAGCGAACCGUCCCUCGGCUACCAGGACCCAGCCAUAAUGAAAGCCAUGGAAUGUCUGGGCUACCAGAGGCACGAAAUUCACCAGGCCAUGGAGAAGAUAUGAUGAGGUCACGGGCACAUACCUGAUCCUCCGCUCCAGGAAGCAGGACAGGGAGGAGGACCACGAGAAGGAGGAGUGGUGGAGGAGCAUCUCCUUCCAUGAGCCCUUCCCUCACACUGUGCCCCAUGGUGACCUGGAUUCCGUGGACUUCCCCCCACAGCCUGAGGUUUCGGGGAAUACCCAAAAGCCUGCAACACCAGAUAUCCUUCGUAAACAGGCAGUCCAACAGAGGGGAAAGGAUGCCACCCCGGGGAACAAGGACAUCUCUGCCAGAGUCCCUGAGAUGGAGGAUGCCCAGGAGCACAACACCACCUCCUUGCCAGGCCCCCUGCUGGAGGAUGCCCCGCAGAACAGUGCCACCUGCAUGCCAGGCCCCCCGCUGGAGGAUCCCCAGAGAAGAGCUGACCCUCCCCACUAGGCCUUGUGCUGGAGGACGCCUGGGAGGACAGCAGCACCUCGGUGCCAGGACCCCAACUGGAGGAUGCCGGGGAGCACAGCACCACAACUGUGCCAGGCCCCCAGCUGGAGGACAUCGGGGAAUACAGCACCACCACUGUGUCAGGUCCCCAGCUGGAGGGGGACCAGGGCCAACGCCAUCAGUCCAGACCUCCAGUCCUCUAGCACCUCUGCCAAGGCGUGGCUGGUGCCAUACCAAUGCAGUGGCCCCUUCAGAAACAAUCAGCCAGGUGGAAAAUGGUUGCCUUGCAAGCCCUCAAGGUGUUUCCAGCCAAGGCAAGAGGGCCAGAGCUGAGAGAAUAAUAAACAGAAUCUUGACAUUUUGUUGCUGCUGUCCACUAUUUGGACUCCACAGCAACAGAAAGUAAGAACAUCUACUGCCAUACCCCACAGAAGCCUCCGCUCCCUUCCCCCAAAGCACAACCACUCAGUGGACAUGGUGACCAGGAGCACACCAGGGAAGGGUGAGGCUCUGGAGAGGCUCAGGGGCUGGGCCCAGUCAGAGGGGCCAGGAGCAGCAUAAGGCACACAGGACUGCAGCCCAGAAGUCUGGGCAGCACCGAUGUCACUGGAGCACAGAUGUCCCUGGAACAGUGCUGGUGAAGGGCCAGGAGGGCAACGGAACUGGUGAAGCACCUGGAGGGGAG